AGGUUUUUGACUUAUCAAACAGCCGAUGAGUGUGUAAACCAUGGAUAGCAGAUGCGUUUCUGGCGGUGUUUAUCAUUUUAUUUCGUUUUUAUAUCUCUUGGUGUCGCAUUUGAAAAUUUUUAAUUUUUUCAAACCUAUGAUGUUAUAGAGCUUAUUUCACCAAUAAUUAAAUGUGUCUACAAAUAUCUGUCAAAAAUAUUCACAAGCUAAAAGAUUAAAAUGGCGGCGUGUUCAAGUCUUGACCGCAGGGGCUGUGGCUAUAGAAUCGCUCAUGAAAGUUUAAAAUAAGAGAUCCUGAAGACGGAAGUGCGACAUAUUCAGAAAAUCCUUAUAUUUGGCAUCAAACUCAAAUUAAUUCUGUUAUACCAGAGGAUCCUGAAUUUGAAUCUAAAAUGACAGAACCUCAUAUUGUCAUUAGCCGUACUACGGAAUCUACCAAGGAACAACAAAUUCUUCGUACUGAGCAAAUUGAGACAAUGUUAAGGCAUUAUUAUCCUGACCAUGGAACCAGCUUGCCAGAUUAUUUGCAGGAAGGUAUACCUGAAGUUCAAGAAUCAUAUAGUAUGAGUUAUCAAACUUCUACUUCUACAAAUGGACAUCAUGGUGAUGUGGAUGCCUCAUCAAAUAAUUCACAAUCUUCUGUACCUGUAGAUAAUGCAUCUUUAAUUAGUCGUAGCACAUCAGAAACAAAGACACAGCAAGUAAAAACUGUGACAAAAAUUAUCAAAACUAGAGAAGUACAUCACAUAGGCCCUCCAGAUGGAAAAGCUAUUAGCUGUUCUCCUUAUGGUACUAAAUUGCCACCAGGCAGUGAUUAUCUACCGUACAAUUAUCCUGGAAACCAUGAAUAUGGCACUUAUGAUCCAGGUCGCCCUCCAAGUCCGGCAGGACAGACACCUACUCAAGUAUAUGCUUCAGAUUAUGCAACAUAUGCAAGGACUGCUUCGCCUGCCUCAACGGGAGGCAGAAACUUUGAAAUUUAUUCUCCAUCAACGUGUCAGCCAUAUUCCAAUUAUGCUUAUCAAAGUGUAGCAACUCCAUCUGGUGCUUCAGAUUCUCCUAACCUACAUAGGGCUAUGCCUCAAGCACCACGAUCAGUUGCAACAGACUAUAAUCAUCAACCUGGCAACUAUGAAGAAAUAGAUGGUGCUGCAUUAGUUCCUAGAUUUGUUGAUUAUAGAAGAACACCAUCACCAACGCAAAGUGCAGAUAGAUAUGGUACUUAUGGCUACUCAGCAACCAUUCCAGCUACUUCCCCUGGUUACCACCAAUAUGAUCCAGCUCUUCCUCAAGGUUACUUAGACCGACGGCCAAGCUUUGAUGAGCAUCCACAAAGUCAGCUAUCAGCAUCAACAUAUGGUGUUACAAAACCUAGGUCUGGGUAUGAAGAAGAAAAUAUUCCCCUUGUUGCUGGAGAGAGUAUACAUGCUGUACCAUCAAGGCAUCCUCAUCUUGAUUAUACACCUGUAGAUAAUCAAAGCAGUGAUGUUCGAUUCCGAGAUCCAGAUGUUCAUGAGGUCAUAGAAUUUCUAUCUCAUCCUAAUAACAUUGUUCGAGCAAACGCCGCUGCUUAUCUCCAACACUUGUGUUACAUGAAUGACAACAUGAAACAGAAAGCCCGAGCUCUUGGGGCUAUUCCGCCAUUGAUAGAAUUAUUUAAUCAAGAUAUACCAGAAAUUCAAAGGAAUGCUUGUGGGGCUUUGAGGAAUAUUUCUUAUGGAAGACAGAAUGAUGAGAAUAAACGGGCAAUCAAAAAUGCUGACGGAAUUCCUGCUCUGGUUCGUUUACUAAGAAAAACACCAGAUAAUGAAAUUAGGGAGCUAGUCACCGGAAUUUUAUGGAAUUUAUCUUCUUGUGAAGAUUUGAAACGUCCUAUUAUUGAUGAUGCCUUGAAUGUGCUAGUGAACCAUGUUAUUAUUCCUCAGUCGGGAUAUGAUAGAAAUAUUCCAAAUAUAUUUUUACAUGAAAUCAAGCCUAAUGAGAUUUACUGGUCAACAGUUUUCAGAAAUGCUAGUGGAGUGUUACGUAAUGUCAGUUCUGCUGGUGAGUAUGCAAGAAAAAAGCUGCGGUCCUGUGAAGGCUUGAUCGAAGCUAUGGUAUACCUAGUGAGAUCAGCUAUUGGCAAAAAUGACAUAGAUACAAAUUGUGUAGAGAAUUGUGUAUGUGUGUUGAGAAAUCUGUCUUAUCGACUACAAGAAAUAGAAGAUCCUGAUUAUGACAAGCACCUUUACCCCACAAGUAUGCAGUCUCGUGCUAGUGCUCCCUUGAAAGCUGUUGGAGAUCAUUUAGGAUGCUUCGGUGGUACAAACAAAAAGAAAAAAGAUGCUACAGAAAAAGAAAGAAGAGAAGCUGUUCCUCUAACAAAAAAUCCUAUUAGCGAGUCUGAUCCAGCUAGUGGUUUUGCUCUACUGUGGCAGCCAGAAGUUGCACAGCUAUAUAUUUCCCUUUUAACUGAGUGUUCAAAUCCUGAAACAUUAGAGGCAGCUGCCGGUGCAAUUAUGAAUCUUGCUGCUUGUUAUUGGGAACCCAGUAUAGACAUUAGGGCAACUGUUCGAAAAGAAAAGGGUUUACCUAUUCUGGUUGAACUGCUUCGGAUGGAUUGUGAUCGAGUAGUAGGAUCAGUUGCUGGAGCUCUCCGAAACUUAUCCUCAGAUGCUAGAAAUCGUGAUUUAAUUGGUAAUUAUGCAUUAAAAGAUUUGCUUCUCAAAUUACCAAAUGGAUCACCUCAGCAUGAUUCUGGGACUUCAGAUGACACGAUCGCCGCUGUUCUUGGAACAUUAAAUGAGGUGAUUGCCAAACAAACUGAUUUUGCUCGAUCAUUUCUGCAGUUGGGUGGUGUUGAACGAUUAAAUCAGAUUGUUCAACAGAAAGGAACUUAUUCUCCGAGAGUGGUUAAAUUUGCUUCUCAGUUGCUGUAUAACAUGUGGCAGAAUACAGAACUUCGGGAUGCCUACCUAAAGGCUGGGUUUAAAGAAUCUCAUUUUGUACCUAAGUCAAUAGCAGUUAGAAAUUCACUUUCAUCUCCUACUGGAGCAAAUAGCACAUUGAAUCGUCCAGUCAGCACACAAGGUGGAACAAAAUAUGAAGAUCGUACUUUGCCUCAUGGAACAGAGCUAAAUUCAACAGCAGCAUCUAUUCCUUAUAGUAGGUCAGAAGAAUUACCGUUAAGUGAACUAAGCCAUAGCACAGAACCGCCUUCCCAAUCUCAAGCUCACAGACCACACAUGGGUGUGUUUCCUCCUGGAAUGGAGCAAGCACGUUCCCCUGCUGAUCCAGUUUAUGCUCAGGUAAACAAAAGGCGAAACAAAGAACAAAGGACUCAUUCUGAUCUCCCUAAACAGCAACUUCUUACCAAUGAUCAACCGGAUGGAAUGCCAGCUGGUGACUCAUGGGUGUGAGUCCUGUUCUUGCUUCCUAAUAUGUUCAUGCUGAGAGCUCAUAGUGCCUGAGCUCACAAACUGUACCAUCUUGUUGAUAGAGACAAUUAGAGAGUAAAAAUUUUACUUAGAAAAUAUCUCUCCUCGCAGCUGGUUUGUUCAGUUACGGGUGAUAGACAGUCAGGAUGCGUGUCGUCAGUGGUGUAUACUGGUGUUGCGAGCAAUGAACCAUUUUAAGAAUGGUAGCUCGCUACGUGCCUCCUAAUUUGUUUAUAUAAGUCAAUAGAAAUAUAUCAUUGCUCCCACAAGUCUUGCCCAUUGAAACAAUUAUUUGUGCCAACUAUAGCGCUUAUUUGCAGUCACAAGUAGCUCUAAAGCGCUUUCAAAGGAGUAAGCUUGGUAACACUUACAUUUUCAUUUUAACUUUGAGAUUUGUUUACACAUAUACAGCUCAAAAAUGACUUCAAUUUUAUGUUUGAGUCAGUGACAUAUUUCUAGGCUAUCCUGCCAUCAAUCCAGAUAGCCUUGCCUUAAUACUCUACAGCAAAAGAGUGAAUAAGGAACUGCCACUCAAGUCAAUUCAACUUUCCAUUUGAAAGUUCAAAAUUUAAAGCAUAAUCUAAUGGUGUGUAAAUGUUAAAAAAAAUGUGAAAAUAGUAAGCCUGAGUAUGUGUGCUAUUGCAUAUAACUCAUCUGAACCAAAAUAUUUUAUGCUGGACCUUUUUGUUUAAUUCAUUUUGCAAUAUUUUACUAGCUUGCCUUUUAAUAAUUUUAUUUUUAGCUAUUUCAGUAUUACCUGCAAUGUUUUAGGAAGUGCAUAAGUCUUUCAUUACUGUUAUGUGUUGUUUUUCUUUUCUACAAAAGUUUUACAAGUUUGUUGUACUCCAUAAAAUUUAGCAUUACAUUCUAUGUAGUUUCAUAUUUCGUAAUUCAAGUUUGGAGUUUCGUAGUUACCCAUUUUCAUGCACCAUCUGUUAUCUUCAAUUCACCAUAGGUACAUAAAAUACCAAUUUUUAUAACAUAAUCAAAGCAUCAUUUGGAUAUAUCAUCUGGUGGUUGAAAUGAACAAUUUGUGAAAAAUCAUGAUACCUGAAAUUCUAUUCUUUCAUUUGCAAGAAGGAUAUUUUUGAAAAAUAGACAUUUUAUAUUCAACUCAUUAUAUUCUUUCACUGGUGCAAAAUUUUGUAUGUACUUUCUGUUAUAAAAUUGUAUUAUAUGUAGUUUUCCUUUUCUUUUUGAAUCAGUGAAAAGUUAAUAUGAAAAUGUUGAAUAUAUCUUGUUGGUUUUGAUUUGACUCAUGUUUUUGCACCAGCUUUGUAAUUCAUUUUAUUUCUUGAUAGCAUUUACCCGAGGUGCUACUAAACAUCAAACAUGAAGAAAAACAUCCCAUUGGAUUAUUUUAUGUGCAGCUUAUGUAUUAUAUUUACUUUUAUUUAUCAAUUUGUUCUUUCGAUUUAAUAUAAAUGCAUGAUAUUGUAUUAAGUUAUGUUAAUGAAUAUAAUAUGUUCUUUUAAGAGCAGUCAAGUGUUUUGAUUUUGAAAUUGUAUACUAAUGAAGUUGACCUGUUUACAUAUUUAAGAUGUUAAAUUUUUAAGUCGUUUUACAAAUGAAGUUGUGCAUAAUUCAAAAGUGUCAAAACUUGUCUAGUUGAAAAACUUGAUUAAUAAAUUUUGUCAUGCAAAGAAA